AUGGCUGCAGCUCUCGUCAUCGGCGCCGCCUCUUCUCUGCUUCCCUACUCCAUCAGCGCCAGAGCAGGCGUCGCUUCUCCCGCCUCCGCGCCUCUACGCUCCGCAUUCCUUCCGCGUCCGCCUCUUUUUUCCCAACGCGCACCUCCGCUUCUCCCCCGCCGGGCGCACAUCGGAGAGCAGGGGAGAUUGGGGCUGGGGACGGCGGGGAAGAGGAGGAAUGGCGUGCGGGCAGAGGCGCAACCAGAGAAGCCAGAGGGGAGGCCGCCCUUCGGCUACACGCGGCUGGACGUGAUUCUCAUCGGCGUCGGCAUCACCGUCGCUGGUGUCGCCCUCAAGUACGGCCUCGAGGUGAGAAUCAAGUACGGCCUCGAGGUGAGAAUCAAGUACGGCCUCGAGGUGAGAAUCAAGUACGGCCUCGAGGUGAGAAUCAAGUACGGCCUCGAGGUGAGAAUCAAGUACGGCCUCGAGGUGAGAAUCAAGUACGGCCUCGAGGUGAGAAUCAAGUACGGCCUCGAGGUGAGAAUCAAGUACGGCCUCGAGGUGAGAAUCAAGUACGGCCUCGAGGUGAGAAUCAAGUACGGCCUCGAGGUGAGAAUCAAGUACGGCCUCGAGGUGAGAAUCAAGUACGGCCUCGAGGUGAGAAUCAAGUACGGCCUCGAGGUGAGAAUCAAGUACGGCCUCGAGGUGAGAAUCAAGUACGGCCUCGAGGUGAGAAUCAAGUACGGCCUCGAGGUGAGAAUCAAGUACGGCCUCGAGGUGAGAAUCAAGUACGGCCUCGAGGUGAGAAUCAAGUACGGCCUCGAGGUGAGAAUCAAGUACGGCCUCGAGGUGAGAAUCAAGUACGGCCUCGAGGUGAGAAUCAAGUACGGCCUCGAGGUGAGAAUCAAGUACGGCCUCGAGGUGAGAAUCAAGUACGGCCUCGAGUUGGCGGGGUUUGACUCGUUCCAGUCGGGCAGCGUGGUGCAGCUGGUGCUGGUGUUGGGGCUGUGCUUGGUGUGGGCGGCCAGCUAUGUGUGGCGAGUGGGCAACAAGGAGAUGACGUAUGUGAAGCAGCUCAAGGACUAUGAGGACGCUGUUAUGAAGAAGCGGCUGGAGGCGAUGCCGGAGGCGGAGCUGGAGGCGAUGCUGGCGCAGGUGGAGGAGGAGAAGGAGCGCCUGCGCCACGCCAGGGGCAAGGGCCAGGCUGACGCUGACGCCAAGCAGUGA